AUGACUCAGGGAAUCUGGUUCUUGUCCAGAAGAAAAUUUUGUCCUUGCCUUAAAUUACCACCACCUAAAGGUUUGGACGAAAUCGCGUAUGCGCGUUUGGCUUUUGAGAAAGGAUGUCAAUUAUGCUGUGAAAAAAAAGCGAAAGUUUAUUGGGCCUUUGCUGCUCGUUUGUGUGAUACAUGUUUCGCCAUAAACACCAUCACCAAUCACGAGUUAAGAGAGGAAAAAAGUUUGGUAAACACAAAUUUCCUUGCUGGUUUGCCAUAUGUUGAGUCACAUUUAUACGAACAUGCAGUCUUGUUCCAUAGUCCACCUGGUGAUGAUCGUAGGCAUAAGUGGGCUGUUAAACAAAACCGAAAAUGUCGGAGACUGAUGAGACAGGUGAAAAAACGUGAAAGAUUGGGUUGUCGUGAAAAAUUGAAGGCAAUAUUCCACGCGAGACUUAACAACUUGGAACCGCCACCGGAAGAUAAAGACACCUCGCUUAAUUUAGUUUUUGAUAUCGAUCUUCUUCGCCGAUGUGUCAGUUUCCGAAGAUCAUAUGGCCUCUCGCAAGAAUUGAUAGAUUGGGCUUGGAUCGAGUUGCGCAGAAGUUUGGUCAAGGAAUAUCAGAGAGUCUUAGGAGUAGGUCGCGAAGGUCGAUAA